AUGGAUCCAACUUCAGCAAAUAGUAGUGGUGUUGCAAAACCAGAUUGGAAACCAGAUCAAAGCGCAUUACAAUGUAACGGAUGUCAAGCACAGUUCACAUUAAUAAGAAGAAGACAUCAUUGUCGUAUGUGUGGUUCAAUUUUUUGUGAUUCAUGCUCCUCAUUUUAUUCAAUUUUACCAGCAGAAUAUGGAUAUUCAGGUCCUCAAAGGUUAUGUAGAGUAUGUAAUAAUGCUUUUGAACAAAAAAAACAAUUUUAUGAAACUGAUGCAUUAGUAGCACAAUUCCAAUUAAGAUCAUCAGCACUCUUUGAAUAUUCAAAACCAUUGCAAGAUAUAGGACAUGUUAAACAUGGGCUUAGAAAAUCAUAUUGUUUAGCCAAAAACAAAACUGGAGAUGAAUGCAUAGUUUCAAUUAUUACACCAACAGCGAAUACAUGUCCAUGGCCAAUGACAAACGAAAAGAAAAAACAAAAAUUCGAAAAGACAUUAAUGGCAUUAAAACAUUCAUAUAUUAUGACACCAAUAAAAGUCGAAGUAUCAGGCGCAAAUGAUAAACUAUUAGUUAUUCGUAAUUUUUGUAAGAAUGGUAGUCUUCGUGAUUUAAUUUAUAAAGCCAAGCCAUUAUCACCCUAUGACACUAAAUAUGUUUUCAACAGUAAAAAACAAAAUCAAAGUAAUAUUUCACCCAAAAACAUACAAAAAUUUUCAAAACAAAUAUUAGAGGCCCUUUUAUAUUUAAAGAGCAAAGGUAUACAACAUCAACAUCUUCAUGCAGCAAAUGUUUUAUUUGUCAACGAUAAUUUAGUUCAAUUAGUAGAUAUAGAAAAUAAUCUUUUAGGUCUUCGUCCUUUAUAUUAUGAAUCAUUACAACAUCAAUAUGGAGGUAGUUUCAAAGAAAAUCCCGAAGUUGUAUGUUUUGGUCAUUUACUCUUUGAAAUGAUUGUGGGUCUACCAUUAAACGAGCAUUCAAAUAUAAAUAGUUUUAUUCCAUUAUUCCCAGACAAAGUAUUUUUAUUCCUUCAACAAAUUUUCUCUGAAAAAUGUCCAACUCUUGAAGAGUUGGUAAGAAAUAGUUAUUUUGAAGUAGCUACAACUAUGGAACAACAAGGUUUAGCUGGUGGUAAAUUAAAGAAAUCUCAAGCCGCUUUUAUCAAAGAUACUGCUGGUAAAUAUGAAUCACCAAAAGCUUCUUUAUCAUCAUCAUUUUCAGCCAAUAAUAUAAAUAAAUUAUCUCUAUCAGGUGGUGGUAGCUCAAGUGGUUUUGUCAGUACCGAAGAUCGUAGAAAAUCAAUGAAACUACCAUCAAAUACAAAUUUAGUAGGUUUUAAUCCAAACUCAUCCAAUACAAUUCAUUCAUCACCCACAUCAUCAUCUGCAAUGUCAAAUGUAAGUGCAAUUUCAUCACCACCAAAGCCAUCACCUUCUAUGACAAGUGCUGCUCCACCACCCCCACCACCUCCAUCAAACUCUGCUCCACCACCACCACCACCACCAACAAAAGCCUCAAUAUUAAAAGAUUUACCUCCAAAACAAGAUAAUAGAAAUAGUUUAUUAGAAAGUAUUAGAAAUCCUGAUAAUUUUAAAAAAUUAAAAAAAGCUCAACCAAGCAGUAACAAGAAACCAGUUUUAAAAAAAAAAUAA